AUGGCCCACCCCUCAAGCCCACCUAAGUACCGAGCCCUCGCGCCAACCCUUCGCGCCUGCCCCUCGCGCCCGACCCGCGGCCCUCGCGCCACGGUACCUAGCCCUCGCGCCAAGCCUUCGCGCCCGCCCCUCGCGCCCGGUCCGCGGCCCUCGCGCCUAGGUACCGAGCCCUCGCGCCAAGCCUUCGCGCCCGGGCGUGACUUGGGUUAUCACCUGAUACCGGUUGGCGACCCUCGGCUGGCCCUCGCGCCAGCCCCUCGCGCCUUGCCUUCGCGCCUGCCCCUCGCGCCCGACCCUCGGGCCUGGCCCUCGCGCCAAGCCCUCGCGCCAACCCCUCGCGCCACCCCUCGCGCCAACCCCUCGCGCCUGCCCCUCGCGCCCGGCCCUCGCGCCGUGCCCUCGCGCCAAGCCCUCGCGCCAACCCCUCGCGCCACCCCUCGCGCCAACCCUUCGCGCCUGCCCCUCGCGCCCGGCCCUCGCGCCGUGCCCUCGCGCCAAGCCCUCGCGCCAACCCCUCGCGCCAACCCUUCGCGCCUGCCCCUCGCGCCCGGUUAUCACCAAGUGCCGGUGUAA